GAAAACAUGGCUGCGCCUAUGUGAAAGUCAUGUUGCUUAACUACUUGCUGUUUUAAGAUCUUACAAUCAACCAAAUUGUUUUAUUUAAUCAAAACUAUCGUUUUGCUCAACGGAAAGAAAAUAACAGACAAUAUCGUUGCGUGAGCAGAUAUUUAGGAAUCACAACAGCGAGAAAAUGGAACAAGACCAACAGCAACUUCGAAAUCUGCGGGAUUUUCUCCUGGUCUACAAUCGGAUGACGGAGAUUUGCUUCCAGCGAUGCACAAGCAACUUGAACUACAGAAAUCUCACAAUGGACGAGGAGCGUUGUGUGGACAACUGUGCAGGCAAGCUGAUUCGCUCCAACCACCGUUUGAUGGGCACCUACGUGCAGCUCAUGCCAGGCAUUGUGCAGCGAAAGCUUGAGGAGCUCGAGACGAAAGCAGGGGAGCUGUCGAAGGCUGCGGAGGCCGGAGCUGCCGCAGAGACGGUAAUGCCGGCACCCCCCAUGGUGGCUGGAGGAGUAGCGCCAGAGAGUGGGCCAACCUCAGCUGGCGCAACAGCAGAGAUUCCACCAGUCUUAGUACCACCUACGGCUGGGGCAACAACAGAGCUUCCACCAGUUUUAGUACCACCUACGGCUGGGGCAACAACAGAGCUUCCACCAGUUUUAGUACCACCUUCAGCAGGAGCACCAGCAGAGAUUCCAUCACUUUUAGUACCACCCACAACAGGCAUAGCAGCAGAAAUACCACCAGUUUUGAUACCACCUACAGCUGGGCCAGCAGCAGAGAUUCAUACAAGUUUAGCACCACCCACAACCGGGCCAGAAAUAGAGAGUCCACCAAUUUUGGUACCGGCUAAAGCUGGGGCACCAGUAGAAAUUCCUGCAAGUUUAGCACCACCUUCAGUUGGGCCAGCAGUAGACAUUCCAGCAAUUUUGUCACCACCUAUGAUCAGCACAGCAGCAGAAGUACCACCAGUUUUGGCACCAGCUACGACAGUAGCAGCAAAAGAAGCUCCACCAGUGCCGAUGCCACCAACAGUGGCUAAACUCCCAGUGUCUGAGAUGUUACAGGCCUUGCCAAAACCUGUCACCACCCCUAUAGUUGAGAAUCCUAUACAACAGCAGCAGGUAAAUCUCACAAAUCUUCCCAGCAGCAGCGAGUCCUCACUGCCUCUGAGCACAGCACCCUCGGUUCAGCUCGGACAGGAUUCACAGCCCCCAUCAUGAAUAAAGCGAGGCUGAAAAGAAGAGACUGUUCAUAUAAUGGGGCUCAAAGGAGAAAUACUCCUGGUUUCACUGCAGUAAAGUUGCAUAUGUUAUGUCUUUGAAAGGACUGGAUGCCAGUCCUGCUUUGUGGUUGGGACACAGCUACAGUAUACAGGCCUUUUACUGGGAACUGUUUGAGAAUUUCCCAUGUGAACU